UUUUUUGAGCCAAGCGUGCCUGGCACGCCAGAAAAUUUAGUCAUGUCAUCAUUGAAAAGAUGGGCAUCCGCCGUGAGAGCGGUGCCAUUGGAUCGUUUUUUGACGAGGAAUAGGGACCGUUCCUCGCGGUGGCAUUGCGUGCAGCGGUGCCAUCAUAGAGUGAGUCCUUUGCUGCCUGUUGUUCAAGUUCGGGUUUCCCUUUUUCAUGAAAGGGGCAAAUGGACGCGCGAGUUUUUUCAGAGUGACAGCAGAGUGAAGGUUCUGGCCGUGAAUCAGAAGUUUAUGGAAUGUUUGAGUAGCAUUUUUCGCGUAGGACAAGAGGUCAAAAAUGCGCCGGGUCCGGACGAGAGAACGAAGGAGGAGGGGGUCGAGAAUAAGAUAGCGGCGUUCAAAGAAAGGUAUGGAAAAGGCGGAGGAGGUGACCCAGAUGAUGAGGAGCCAAAAGAAGAAGACUCGCCUUCUCCAGAGCGUACCAAGUCGCCUUUUAGGCCCACAUUAGUUCUGUUGACGAUUGGAUUAUUAUUGAUAUAUAUUUACGUAUCCUCGAUUGAAAAGGGUGUUGAGAUUUACUACCAUCAGUUCGUCAAAGACCUUGCGUCAUUGAACCUGGUUCAGAGGUUGGACGUGGUGAAUGAUUCUAUGGUGAGGGUGUUUCUUCGAGAGGGGACGGGCGACCAGGCGUGGACUGCGAGCAGGCCGAAGUAUUAUUUCCACAUUCCGUCGUUGGAUUAUUUUGAAAGAAAUUUUGAAGAGCUGAUGAGCGAAAACCCGAACUUGGACCCCAUAUUGGUCAAGUACGUGCAUGAGACGAAUUGCUUCAACCUCUUGCUGAACAAUUUGUCGCUCAUCAUAUGGGUCAGUUUCUUCGGCUGGGUAGUUGUCUCGCUUGCGAAGCACGCACAGAAAAUGUCGAAGCGCGGAGGAGGGAACUACGGUAUUUUCUCGAUAGGCAAGAGCCGAGCCAAGAGGUUUAAGAAGAGCAAAGCCGACAUUUCGUUCAAGAACGUGGCGGGGUGCGAAGAGGCCAAAUUAGAAGUGAUGGAAUUCGUAAGCUUUUUAAAGCACCCGAAGAGAUAUCAGGGACUUGGGGCCAAAAUUCCAAAGGGCGCCCUAUUGGUAGGUCCCCCUGGAACGGGCAAGACCAUGUUAGCCAAGGCGGUUGCUGGAGAAGCAAACGUUCCGUUUUACAGCGUCUCCGGAUCUGAUUUCUUGGAGAUGUUCGUCGGCGUUGGUCCGUCUAGAAUGAGAGACCUGUUCCAACAGGCCAGAGAUCACUCUCCCUGCAUCGUCUUCAUUGACGAAAUCGACGCGAUUGGACGCCAGCGGGGCGGGCGAGCUGGAUUUCAUAACGACGAGCGAGAAAACACAUUGAACCAGCUGUUGGUCGAAAUGGACGGAUUCACCGUUUCCAAGCAUCCCGUCGUGAUUAUUGCGGGAACCAAUCGGUCCGAAGUGCUUGACAAGGCCCUGUUGCGUCCAGGAAGGUUCGAUCGCAUCAUUGCCCUCGAGCUGCCAGACAUCAAGGCGAGGAAGGACAUUUUGAUGGUCCACUUGCCCAAACUGAAACUACGAGGCAGUCCCGAAGAAUACGUCCAAAGAGUCGCCUCGAUGACUCCCGGAUUCUCCGGCGCGGACCUCGCUAACGUCUGCAACGAGGCCGCCCUGACCGCCGCUCGCCAGGGCGCAGACUACGUAGAAAUCGAACAUUUCGAAAUCGCUAUCGAGAGAAUAAUCGCCGGUCUACAGAGACGAUCUACGAUGAUGAGCACUCCGGAGAAGAAAACCGUCUCCUUCCACGAAGCCGGACACACGAUCGUCAGCUGGUUCCUAAAACACGGCUCCCCGCUUCUAAAGGUGAGCAUCGUCCCUCGCGGACGCGGCCUCGGGUACGCCAUGUACAUACCCGAAGAACAGAACAUCUACACUCGAGAAAAACUGAACGACACGCUCUCCAUCGCGCUAGCUGGCCGAGCCGCCGAAGAAAUCGUGUUCGGCGUGGUGACCACCGGCGCCCUCGACGAUCUGGAAAAAACCACGGAAAUAGCGUACGGCCAGGUCCUCCAACUCGGGAUGUCCGAAAGAUUCGGACCCGCAGCGUUCGGAAGCAUCAAAGACAAAGGGUAUCUGCAAAAGAAUUUUUCCGAAGAAACCGCUAAACUCGUCGACCUCGAAGUCAGAGAACUGGUCGCAAAGGCCUACGAAAGGGCAAAACAAAUCAUCACGGAAAAAAGGCCCCUGUUCGACCAGCUCGCCGAAACCCUGUUCCAACGAGAGGUGCUGACCUUCGAAGACUGUCGCCAAAUUUUGGGCGACAGACCCUUCGAGUCAAACAAAUACGAGGAGUACAUCCAACCGAUCACCAAAGACCAAUAAAACCAAAGGAGCAAAACUUUUGCUGCUCGACUCGUC